UGUUUUUAAAGCGCAAGGCCUUUUAUUUAUCAGCCCUUGUGCUUGUUUCAGUGUUCCGCACCUGCUGUUAGGAGCUGCUGACAGCACUGCGGAGGAACGUGCAGCCCAAAUAUUCUUUUUUUUAUUCAGAUUUUUAGUUUACAUUUCCGUAUACUGCCUGCACCGGCUUUCAGGAGGGGGGGGCGGAUAUUCAGCAUCUCUCAGCCUCCGCCCGCCUCUGUGCUCCGUCCAAAGCGGUGGAGACACAGUGGGAGCCGCAGACCGGCGGGGGGACAGUCAGAGAGGGGCGAUGGCCGCCGAUGGAGGAUGCGGGGAAUCGGUGGAUCAUUACCGGGUCGAGUUGGAGCGGCUCACCCAGGAACUGGCCGAGGCGAACCGGGAGAAGAUCAGGGCUGCGGAGUGCGGUCUGGUCGUCCUGGAGGAGAACCAAGCGCUGAAGCAGAAGUAUGCAGAACUGGAGACCGAGCAAGAGACUCUCAGGAAGGAGUUGGAGCAGUUACAGGAGGCGUUCGGCCAGGCUUACACCAACCAGCGUAAGGUGGCAGAGGAUGGGGAGACCAACGAGGAGACUUUGCUGCAGGAGUCAGCCUGUAAAGAGACCUACUACAUGGGCCGUCUGUUGGAGCUGCAGACGGAGGUAACACUAAGCCGUUCUGUGGCGUCCAACGCCCAGGCUGAGAACGAGAGGCUCAACGCACUCGUGCAGGAGCUACGAGAGAGCAACGAGAUGCUGGAGCUUCAGAGGAGCAGGAUGAGGGAAGAGAUCAAGGAGUACAAGUUCAGAGAGACCAGGCUGCUCCAAGAUUACACAGAGCUGGAGGAGGAGAACAUCACACUGCAGAAACUGGUGUCUACACUUAAGCAAAGCCAGGUGGAGUAUGAGGGAUUAAAACAUGAAAAUAAAGUAUUAGAGGAGGAGACCGUUCUUCUCAACAGUCAGCUCGAAGAUGCAUUGCGUCUGAAGGAUAUUUCUGAGGGUCAGUUGGAGGAGGCCCUUGAUGCCCUCAAGAGUGAGCGGGAGCAGAAGAACAAUCUGAGAAAGGAACUGGCUCACCACAUCAAUCUGAGUGACAGCGUCUAUGGAGCAGGGGCCCAUCUGGCGCUCACUGUCACUGGUGUUGAGGGCCUCAAGUUCCCCGAGGAGACCAACGGAAUGAAUGGCACCAACGGCAGCGCUAUCGCUGCUGCUAUUUGCAACAGUGAGGACAGCAAUUGCCACAAUGGCCACCUCCACACGGGCACCGGCUUGGCUAAGAUGAAUGGGGACUACCGAGGAGGUCGGAAAGGAGAAGGCCUGAACCCUGUGCCGGAUCUGUUCAGUGAGCUCAGCCUGUCGGAGAUGCAGAAGCUCAAACAGCAGCUACUACAGGUGGAGCGUGAGAAGACUGCACUGCUCAUGAAUCUGCAGGAGUCACAAACACAGCUGCAGCACACACAGGGCGCCCUGAGUGAGCAGAAUGAGCGCGUCCACCGCCUCACAGAGCAUGUCAAUGCCAUGAAAUGUCUCAAUGGAGACAAAGAGCUUGAUGACCCACAGGAGAGUGAGAAACCUGAUGGUGGCUCCUCAUCACCACCAGCCAAUGGUCACCAUGAUCCAGAUAUCAAUGGGUACGAGAUCCUGGAGUGUCAGUACAAGGUAGCAGUGACAGAGGUGAUUGACCUGAAAGCAGAACUCAAGGCCCUGAAGGAGAAGUACAAUCAGGCUGUGGAGGGGCAGGGCGACAGCCACAGUGACGACAAGGUCCAGACACUGACUGAACAGGUAAUUCAAUUGGAGCGUAGUUACCGUGAAAGCCGGGAGAGGGUGGCGAGCCUGGAGGCAGAGCUUCGAGCAGCCACGAGCACAGCCACAGAGAGCCAGGGCAUGCUGAACGCAGCACAGGAUGAGCUGGUAACCUUCAGUGAGGAGCUGGCACAGCUCUACCACCACGUCUGUCUGUGCAACAAUGAGACACCCAACCGCGUCAUGUUGGACUACUACCGCCAGAGCCGCGUCACACGCAGCGGCAGCCUGAAAGGCUCAGACGACCCUCGGGCUUUGCUCUCGCCUCGCCUGGCCCGACGACUCGCUGCAGCGUCUGCAGCCUGCUCCUCCGAGUCCCCACGCAGUCCAAUGGACUCCCCAUCCAAAGAUGCCCACAAUGAGACAACAGCCAACACAGCGGACUCUUCAUCCUUACAUAGCAGCCCCACCCGUAACCCCAUGGGCUCCCCAGCCAUCAGCAUCUCUCCUUGUCCAUCUCCAGUUCCCUCUGAGGCAAGUGGGGACCUGCGGAAGGAGCCCAUGAAUAUCUACAACCUUAACGCCAUUAUCAGAGACCAGAUCAAACAUCUUCAGAGGGCUGUUGACCGUUCGCUGCAGCUGUCCAGGCAGAGGGCUGCAGCCAGGGAGCUGGCACCUAUGCUUGACAAGGACAAGGAGUUGUGCAUGGAGGAGAUACUCAAACUGAAGUCCCUACUCAGUACCAAGAGAGAGCAGAUAGCCACACUCCGGCUUGUGCUGAAGGCCAAUAAACAGACAGCGGAGGUUGCACUGGCAAAUCUGAAGAGCAAGUAUGAGAAUGAAAAGGCGAUGGUGACAGAGACCAUGAUGAAGCUGAGGAACGAGCUGAAGGCUCUCAAAGAGGAUGCUGCCACCUUCUCCUCUCUCAGGGCCAUGUUUGCCACAAGAUGUGACGAGUAUGUUACCCAGCUGGAUGAGAUGCAGAGGCAAUUGGCAGCAGCAGAGGAUGAGAAAAAGACAUUGAACUCCCUUCUCCGUAUGGCCAUCCAGCAGAAAUUGGCCUUGACCCAGCGGUUGGAGGAUCUGGAGUUUGACCAAGAGCAGACCCACCGUGGCCGCAGCGCUAAAGUACCCAAGAUUAAAAGCAGCCCACCCAAAUUUCUUGUAGAUUGUCAGCAGCCUGCUGCCUCAGUAUCGUCACUCUCCCCACAACUAAGGCGAGGGAGAGCUUCUCUAGCCCGCAGUCCUAAAUUUUUGACAGACCUCCAGGAACAGCACUCGGUCCGGUCCAGCAACAGCAGCCUUCUCUCUCCCUGCGACCCUCAAAACUGUCUGGACCAGCAGCCCCAGCCGCCUGGCACCUAACCUUCCUGCUCCAGUCCAGACCCUGGCCUCGGUCUACAAGGAGUCAUACAGAGACAGAAACACUCCAGAUGGGGGUUUCUUCAGAUUAACUCCCCCCAACCUGGCAGUCCAACCUGGUGCUUACUGAACUCUGUGACCCCUCCAUCCCCGUGCUCUACAUGGUGUGGCCCUCGGCAGGCCUCCUGAUUACCUGAGUUGCAGAAGAAGAGCAGGACACUCUUUACCUCUCUGGAGGUGACAUCCUGUCCUGGAAAAGACUGAAUUAAGGCGCGAAAUACCAGAGUGGCAAAUCACAGGAAUCUUAACCCUUGUUUGUAUUAAUAUUUAUUUAUAAUUUAUUUACUCAAUUGAUUAUUUAUUUACAUACUGAUUUGUGACAAGUUUCUGAGGUGUUUACUACUGGAAUGUUUUUUCUGUGUUUGUUGGUCAUUCUUCAAGGUGGAAGGACUACCAAAAGCAAAACUACUUUGUCACUGCAAGUUCUUUCUGGUCUAGUGCACAGGUUUCCAACUUCUAACCAUACUAUACAGCAUUUAAAUUGUUCGAUUUUGUCAGUAUAGUAAUCAAAUAAUAUGUAUACCAUUUUUACAUAGCAGUACACUGGGUUUGACAUUGCAAAUGGACUAAUGAAAGUAAAGGUUUUAUUACGAGGAAAUUAUUUCUUGUGGUGGUGAGGGGUGAUUUCGACUACCUUUCUAACGUCACUAGUCUUUUUUGGGAUGCUUAUGUUUUUUUAUACAAAGAUUUUUUUUUUUUUUUUUGCAAAUCAUUUUCAUAAAGACUGUUUUAUACCUUGUAUUAUUUUUAUUUAUUUUUACAGCAGACUCUAGUGACAUGGUUAGGUUGUGUCCGUUAUGUAGCUCAGAUCUCUUCAGAGACUGGGACAGACGAGAAGCUGAGUGUCUGAGAUCAGGACUAGGGCUGUUGGCCUGGGUUUUUUGCCUUUUGAAUUGCACGGGUUUAAGUGACCGUGGAGUGAACUGACCUCCGUCUUUUUAACAUUAGAGGAUUUCCCCAAAGGUGUGCCUCUUCUAGGGUUACCGUCUCUGUCUAGUGACCAUUGUACUCCCAUCAUAAAGUAUUCUCUGUGAGCUCUAUCAAUCACAUCCCCAGAAAGCUGUUAUGAUCACCUCAGUCCCUCCUACAGUGACAGUGACAGAAAUGUCCAUCAAGUUGAUAUUUUCGGUGUCGCCAGCAACUCUUGUCUGUCAUCGUAACAUCUCCAUGUUUAGCUGUCUCUUCAUGCUUCCUUCAAAUUAUAUGCAGUACUGUCCAAGCACAAUUAUGCACUAUGCAUUAUAGCAAUACAGUAGCACCGGUGGUAGACUGAUCUGAUUAAGAGAUUAAGAUUUACUUGAUCUUUUAACCAUUUCUGUCGCCAUGAACUAACCAGCAGGCUGUCAGGAAAGGCAAGAAAGCAGGAGUGUCCCAAACUCUCCCAAAACAAACAAACAAAUAACAAAUUUUGAAAAAUGGGCACACCGGGACACAGUUGCAGCUCUACAGUCAAUAUCCUUUGAAGCAAUCGAGCUGUUGUUUCUUUGUGAAAUCCUGUUGUGAUCACAGAGGAAUGGGCCGAAGUCAAACCGAGAUGGAUGUAAUGUGUGGCGAUUUCGGGUUUUUUUUCUUGCAUAAUUGAGGUCCCAUCUCUCAGUUUUUAUACCCUCAUAAUGUCUUGUUAAUGUUCUCCUCACUGCGACUGAGUCCAUAUUUUUUUCCAGACAGAAUGACAUGGAUAAACUGAAACUACAUAGCCAGUAUAGUGUUGUGAUGAUGUAUAAAAGCAUUUCAAAGCAAAAGAGAACUCUUUCUGUUCUCUGGUUGAACAUUUGUUGGAUUUGUUUUUGUUAACAGUGCAGACUGUUACUUUUGCAACUACAGAGUGAUGAAAAUAUUUGUGGUCCAAAAGUAGCUUCUGAACCCAGUCAGGUUAUUUGGUGACUUAACUCUCUUGGUUUGUUUGCACAAUAUAGCAGUGGAUGGCGAAAGAGACUAAUUCAAUGAAAGAAAAUGGUUUAAAAGGAAUAAUAGCUGUAUGCUGUACUACAACGGAUUUUACAGUUUCUCCACUAUUUAAAACAGUGUUUAAUUGGUUUCACAAAUAAUAAAAUACCUGCCCUUG